UGACAAUUGAUUAGAUAGAUACAUCUAGUUGCUUUUUUCUCUUGAAUCCUUCACUUAACCUAUUUUGAUGCUAUUCACACCGCUAUUUCACCCAUGAAGAUGGUCUUCUUGGUGUUUUAUAUUGCCUACCUGCCUGCCUACCUGCCUGCCUACCUGCCUACCUACCUGCCUGCCUGCCUGCCUGCCUACCUGCCUGCCUACCUGCCUGCCUACCUGCCUGCCUACCUGCCUGCCUACCUGCCUGCCUACCUGCCUGCCUACCUGCCUGCCAUGCCUUGCUUAGGAUUCCAUGGGAUUGAAAUACGCGCUCAAGUGGUUACUUUAUGGGGUCUUGGACAUUCGACUCAGGAUAUCUCUACACGACUAGAGGUUCUUAAGUCAAUAGUUUGGAACAUUAUAAAGAAGGCAUAAGAGC